GACUGACACGAGAGAGGAGCGGAGGGACGCUGACCAGCUCGCGCUCAUUUGAACCUCCGCGAGUGAUGGAGAGCACAGAGAUUUUUAUGUACGCUUUCCUCGCCUCUGACUACAUCUUUAACAUCUUACUCGUCGCGUGGAUUUACGCCACCGGGACACCCACAGAGGUUACCAACUAUGGAUUGCCUAAUUGAAGUUGGGCCACCUGAUCCUGUUUGCGCCAGGACAACCGACCGACAGUAGUGUAAGAGAAGUCGUUAUGGACAGUUGUUGUGCAAGUCGUGCAUUUCCUGCUCAGAGAACUGGAGUCAAAAGCAGAAUUUCAAUCUCAGGAUUUCACAUCUCUCUGCGCGUAAAGGACGCAGAAAAAACGCGUCCGUCCAACGCUGCAUGAAUAGUUCUGCGCUAUGCUUUAGUAAUAAUGGAGGAAAGCUGUAGUUAGAAGUGCAAGGCAUGCCUAGGCGACUGUUUUGUUUCUGUAGGCUUUGAUGUGACUGGCGGACAGCUUUUUUAGCGCGCAUACCAAUUGUGCGCUGCAGCUUAGUUGCUCCAUUUCCACAGGAGAUCAACCGCAGCAGGACCUGAAAUCUGUGACAGGCAACAGGCCUCAAGAUCACUGUGACAGGUACUCUGAAAGCUCUUUAUUUUUACUCUUUCAUUCCAAGCAACAAGAGUUUUCUUUUUUGAUCAAGUGCUCCUGUGAGUGAGGAUUAAGCCAUGGCUUUACCAGACAGUGGCAUUUCUGCAGAGGAGGUCCCUUUUCCAGAGAUUAUAGAGCUCAAUGUUGGUGGCCAGGUGUACAUAACCCGCUAUUCUACCCUCACAAGUGUACCAGACUCCCUGCUGUGGGAGAUGUUCAGUCGAAAGUCAACCAAAGGACUGGCCAGAGACACCAAGGGUCGCUUCUUUGUGGACCGUGACGGCUUCCUGUUCCGUUACAUCCUGGACUACAUGAGAGACCAACAGCUGGUCCUUCCGGACCAUUUCCCCGAGCGCGGUCGUCUGCAGAGGGAGGCCGAGUUCUUCAACCUUCCUGAGCUUGUCAAGCUGCUAGCGCCCAAAAUCAGCAAGCAGAACUCCCUUGGCGAUGAGGGAUGUCAGAGCGAUCCAGAGGACUCCUCACCUGGGAUCGACUCGGCCCGGAACCUCAGCUCUCUGGGUGCUGCCGCAGCUGCCUGUGCCAGUCUGGUGCCCGGCUCCAUGGAUGGGAAACGCUCUGGGUUCAUCACCAUUGGCUACCGGGGUUCGUACACCCUGGGCCGAGACAGCCAUACCGAUGCCAAAUUCCGCCGGGUGGCACGGAUCAUGGUGUGCGGAAAAACCUCUCUGGCAAAAGAGGUGUUUGGAGAGACACUAAACGAGAGUCGAGACCCUGACCGCCCCCCUGAGCGCUACACGUCCCGCUACUAUCUUAAGUUCACCUUCCUGGAGCAGGCGUUUGACAAGCUGGCUGACGCAGGCUUUCACAUGGUGGCCUGUAACUCAACGGGAACCUGCGCCUUUGCCCAUGAGCAGACCGACGACAAGAUCUGGACCAGCUACACUGAAUAUGUGUUCUACCGUGAGUGAGACUAUCGGCUUUGUUCCCCUAUCGGUCCUUGUAUCCUGUCUCCAAGUCCCCCCCCUCUUCAGCUUCCAGCCAUCCUGCCCCUCCCUCUCUCUCUGAAGGCCCCUUCACCAGUAGAUGUUAGACGUUGUCCCUCUCCAUCUUCCUCCGCUGCCCCCAGCUUUUAUCCAACGACCGUCUGACUCUUCAGGUUGAAUUUGCGGCCCUCACCAGAUCCAUCCUCUCAUCUUCAGGCCCAGCUUUUGCCCCCUGCUUAGUCGUAGCCCCCUGUCCUCACCACAGCUGCUCCUGCAGAGACCUUCUAUGUACUGUUUCCCUUUUGUACUCCAUUGCAUCUGCCUUGGUGAAGCACAAUAUCCAAGAGCUAAUUUUUGCUAAAAUAAAAGUGCCCUGGUGUGUCGAUAUGACUGUGGCAGGCCUGAAAGGGGAAAGGGCUUCAAAGAGUGGCUGUGAUUUACAGUGUGCAGUAAACUUUGCCUGCUGAGGGGACUUUCUGCUGCACCUGUGAACUAAAUUACCAAAUAAUCGGACAUCUUAUCAGCCUUGAGGGACAUGAGCAUCCCCCAGCACAAGAAAGGACACAAAAACCUUUAAUUCCUUCAGUUUUAUGAACCGUGUCCAGUGCCAUGUGGUUGGGAAUGUGCCAUAUAGUUUUAUCUGUUGGGCCCUGUGAAUGGGGGUUUAUACAACACAGCCACAUGGAUGGGAAAGAAAGGGAAACAUGGAUUGUAGGUGUAAGGAGUUUCCUUUAAACGAAAUAGCAACAGGCUUUGAUAAUAAAAACAAUAGAGGCUGAAAUAUCAAGGGAUCUCGUAGACAGAAAGGAAAAAAAAAGGUUGCCAGAUAAAGUGUGUAUUGAUUGUGCAAUGGAGCUUACAGUAUUUUAAUCACCCACACGGGGAGGGCAGAGGAGAUGGAGGGUGUUACAUCAAUCACAUCGCUCUAUGUGCUUCUUUGACGUUUCUUUUCUCACUUACAGUAACAGUGAGGUGCUUCUCCGGGUGAGCUUACAUCAUGAUUACAUGUUGUCUUCAAAAUAAAACAAAAAAACAAAAAAAAAAAAAAAAAAAAACGUGGUAGAGACUUUAGCGGAUCACGUUUCAGGUGUUCUGUAAACAGUAAUGUUAUGCUUAAUACUCAGUUCAGUAUUAGUUGAAGCUGUUGCAUAUUUUAUGAUAGCUCUCACUUACUGUGUACCCAUAAGAAAGGGAAGGAUCAGCCUAAUGUUUCUUCACAGCUGUAGCAAGGGCGAUCAUAAAAGUGAUGUCUGUUAUAAAAGACAUGUUAAGAAAGAAGGUGGUUUCCAAAUACAGCCUCAGGACAGGUCAUAUACCUCAGACUUCAACACAAACCGAAGGAACUGCAACUAAAAACAUCCAUGUACAGAUGCAGACACAGUUAAAGACAAAAAUCCAAAAUGUAAAUGCUUCAGUAGGACUGUGAAUAGGAGGUUGAAUAUAUAAAGAUUGAGGCAGGAUUUCUCAAGUGCUAGAAGAAGGUGUCAGGUUGUAGUUUUGUCACAGCCUCUGACAGUGACAAUAAAUAUAUUCUGAAAUGUCUUGAAACCGCAAUGUUGUGUUUCAGUGUGAUGAAGUGCUGUUGACAUCUGAGUCGAUAUGUUAGGCCUGCUGCAGUGUGUCGCUGCAGGCGUAGACCGCACUGAAAUUAAAAGUGUUCAGCGAAAAGCAAAUGGAUUUGUCAAAUAAAAGAUGUUUCCUUUC